AUGAUCAAGAAACAAUUUGUGAUGCAAAUCAAGUAAGUUUUUUUUUGCAAAUUUCGUUUUGUAAAUAUAGUGUAACAAGAUUAUUUUUCAGUUUUUUUCUCACUGGCAACCAUUUUUAUGGGAUUGGCACUCCGAAUGAAGCUCAUCAAGAAGAUCAAUUUGGCAUGUAGAAUCAAGUAGUCCAAUUGAAAACGUGAGUUCGUUGAGUUUUUUAGUCUCAAAAAUAAUUUGUGAACUUUUAGGACUUUUUUCGAUGUGAGAAACCAAUAUGUGCUUCUCUCGAAAAUAUUGAACGCUUUUGUUCUUCUAAUUCUAAAUGUAAGUUUUUUUUAUUACAAAACAAUGAACUUUUAAAACAUUUAUUUUCAGAAAAACAAUUCAACUUGGAUCUUGGAACACUUCAACGAUUUGCCACAAAUUGCAAGUUCAACAACAAUUUUGGAUGUUCUACGUUUUUGUGAUCAAGUUAGUUUAUUUUUAUUUUUUGUGUUUUUCUUGUAUUUGUUUUAUUUUUCUCAUUCUCCCCACUAACUCAAAAAAAUUAAAAACAUUAGUGAAACCUUUGAAACAAGGAUAGAAAUAUGAAUCAAAAUUAAACAAUCAUAGAAAUUUUUUUUGUUUUAAAACUUGAGAUCUCAAUGAAAAACCUCGAUCAAGAUCGCGCUUUGAAACCACGUUUGAACAUAAAACCAAAACUUUUUCAGAGGGAUCCCUGGUUUUGCAGGUGCUCUGA